AAUAAACGAUAAAGUAUGUAAAGAAAUCUCCAUAAUAUUUUUUAGAAGGUCCACACAUUUUCUUCCAAAAGUACACUGUCUUAUUAACAAAAUGGCAUCAAAUUUAGGUGCACCAUCUAGUUUCCAAAAAAGAGCAAAGAUAAAAAUUGGACAAAUUAGUGGAACAAGGCCUUCAUUGUAUAACAAUCAGUUACUGAUUUCCACAGGAAUCCCCUCUUUUGACAACGUCAUUGGUAAGAGUAAGCUUAGGCUUAAGACAGUAGACAGCCAAUUCAAUUUCUAUUGUAAAUAAUAGGGAUAAAUAAAAAAAGGGUAGGCUUAAGUGUAAGAAUAAGACUACUAAGAUCAAUUAUUAAGACAGGUGAUAAGUUAACCAAGUAUAUAGGACUGAGAGUAGCGCUUUAGUAAAAAAAUUAAUAAAAGAUGCAGUUGGGUUAGGGACAGCGCUGGCCAUGUCUUCCAUCAUAUCCAUAUGCCAUUGUGUCAUAUAUAAUUAUAUAUAAGCUAUUAAUUAUGGGCAAAGAUGAGUGAUGGUACCCUUCGCUACCGAUGCCGAUGCGACGUCACGGUCACCCACUUUCAUUUACCAAGGACGUCACAUUGUCGUCAUAACAAAAAGUUAAAGAACUUUUCUGAAAUACCAUCUCAUAUUAACUGUAUCGAUCAUUAGAUUUAGAUAGUUUAGUUUAUGAUGGGAAUAAAUAAUGCUCAGGAAAAAAUGGGAAAGUUAUUAUUCACUUUGUUCAGGACCAACUAUUGGUCUAUGCACCCCAAAUUCAGUUUUGAGACGACUCAUGGCAAAACUCAUGCUGCUAACUACACUUUUACCAAAUUCUUAAAGUAGUACAGUAUUAUAGAGAAAAGUUUAAUUUAAAAAAUAAAUAUCAACUUUCUAUCUUUUGAAUUGAAUAUUUCUACCAUAUUGUGUCUGUUAACUACAUGUCUGUGAUGGUUCAAAAGUUAAUCAUGACCAUUUUAAACAUCAGCUCUGUCUGUGAAUUCGCAGAUGGCUUAUCAGGCCAGUUCUGGCAUGAAAUGUUCUGGUGCAGAAGGUGCAGGGGAUGGAUGGGACAACUACAUGUACAGAGUUAACUUGGGCUUUUCUGGCUUGACUUUAGUGUUCAGCAGCAGCUGUUCUGUUAGCCUCUUGUUGCAUUGAGUCCUUGUGUAUGGAAGAACGCCAAGAGUCUAGAUUUUUUGAGGACUGUUGCCUUAUGUCCGGGUCAGUGUGAAAUGCUUUCAAAGAUGCUUUCAGUUUGUCUUUAACUGAUUAGCUACCAGAUUAAAAAUAUGCUUUGGCCGAAUUAAAUCUAGGUCACAUUUACUACGAUACAAACAUGGGCGCUACCAGCGGUUUGUGGCCAUAACGAAAGAAACGCUGAGCCGCUCCCACCGGCUCAUGGUAGUUAACCAGUUAACGUGUUUCUUCUGUCCCCCAGCAAGCUACCUGCCUUGCUUGAUUUCACCUUUAAAUAUUCUUUUGGGCAAGCGGUUCUCUGACAUGCUCGCAACAUGGGUCUGCCCAGCAAAGCUGAGACUGCAUUAAUGAGGUGUGCAUGCUGGGGAGUCCUGCUUGUGCGAGUACCACAGUGUCUGGAAUCUUGUCCUGCCAUUUGAUGUUGAGGAUUUUUUGGAGGCUCAUCUUGUGAAAUUGGUUUUGUUUCCUUGCAUGGUGUUGAUAGACUGUCCAUGUUUUACAUGCAUAUAGUAGCGUUGGGAGCACAGCUGUCUUCUUCUUCUAUAUCUUGAGGACCCAUGAUCAAUGUAUUGAUCAUUCUGGCUACUAUUCUGUCUUUUAAGCUUUUAUUUUGGGUUGGUUGCUGAUGCUUCUCCUGGUCCAUAUAUUAUUUUGUUUCAUUAUUUGAUUUAUUUGCAACAAAAAUAGUAUGUUAAAUUGUUAUAAAUAGGUACCUUUUUAAUAUGAAAUACAUUUGUUAAAUUUCCUAAAGAAAUGUUUAUGUUUAGAGUGUGAUAUUUUGUUUAUUACACCUAGGUGGUGGACUGGCAGUGGGUACAGUUUUACUUGUUGGUAAGUAGUGUUAAGGUAAUUAAUUUUUGACCUGAGGCAAAAAAAAAAUAUUGAAAAAUAACAAAUUAAAUAACGUACAUUGCCGGUUCUAGAACCCAUUACUUUCAACUAGGAAAUUGGCAACAUGACUUUUAGAAAAGUUAUAAAGUUAUCUAUAAGAUGAAAGUUUUAAUUUUCUGCACAUCCAGAAACAGUCCUUAAUAUAUUUUGAUGACUGAUUCAUGUUUGUAACUCAACAGAAGAGGAUACCUACUCCAGCUACGCAAAGAUAAUGCUGAAAUACUUCAUAGCAGAAGGUGUCAUGACAGGACAAUCAAUAUUUUUGUCCAGUGCAAAGGAACCUCCGCAACAGUUAAUUAAAGUAAGGAUUCAAUACAUGCAGAAAUGAUUCAGGUUACUUAAGAGUGUUUUUCAAAGGGCUUACCAUUGGCUGUGAAAAUAAAUUGGCAGGAUUGUCUGUAUGAGUCUGAUAUCUAACGUUGGAUAAAUUAAAAUACAUCACCUGACCUGUUAAGACAUGAUAUAGAUGUAUACAAGUAUCAUCAUUGUUUCUACAUAACGUUUAAGCUAAGUUACAAAGAGUCCUUUAGAAAAUAAACUUGAGUGAAGGGAGUGACUUGACAAGCUUUGCUGGUUAUCCUUUCUAUUAUACUUUUUAUAGUUGUAUAAUUUUGUUACAGCAGUAACCAUAAGUUUUCAAUUGUUAUUAUUUUUUCAAGGAAUUGCCAGCUCCAAUUGAUGACACUCGUGUUCAUUCAAAAGUAUACCCAUCAAAAUCAGUGCCUCCUCCUUCAACCGGUCACCCAGAAUCUCAGAAAUCUAUCACAGACAAUGCAGUAGGUAACUCAUUUUACAGUUAUAAAAAAAUGUCCAGUUUCAUUGCUUCACACCACCUGUUACAUUGCUUGACACCACCUGUUUUAUUGCUUCACACCACCUGUUACAUUGCUUCAUGUCACCUGUAUCAUUUCUUCAUGCCACCUGUUACAUUGCUUCAUGCAAUUUUGUUCAGUUAUUAUAAACAUAGGAAACUUUUUAAAACAAAAACUAUUUAUUUAUUUAUUUAUUUAGGCAUUUUUUUAUAUAGCGCUUACCUUAAAGCUCUAAGCGCUUUACAAUUAUUAAAAACAUAUAAACUAAGUAAAAUAAAAAAUGAGACAAACAUUUCUUAAAACUGUGAAAUAUUUAUUUUUCAAUUCUUGUGCAGACUAAUGACAAUGACAAGAUGAAGAUUGCUUGGAGAUAUCAAAGCCAACCAAAAGUUAAGGUAAUUUAUUUUUAGUGUGUUUAUGAUUCUAAUCACCUGAAUUCAUGUUAACUGAUUUAUUCUAUUGCUCUCUAACCCUGCAGUGGGUGAUAAAUCUGUAUCACUCAGCCCAUUUCAAUGUUACCAAAUGUAUCAAUUUGUUUGACCAAACAUGCCUAACUUCUAUAUUGACUAUAUAAAUGUCAUUGAUCUUCUUCGGCAGAGCAGCCCUGUGUCUAACAUUAGAUUUGGUCACUAUUAUGAUCUGACGCAAACCAUGCCCGUGGAGCUAAUAGAUCAGGUGGAAAUAGUCACGGCUCCAAGUCCACUUGACACAGGACCCCUGAAUGUCAGGUACGGUUAUUAUCAUAUAAUUCAUGAUCAUGGCUUGGCUGAAAAAUCAUAAUUUCUUUUCAUCCUCCCACUAAUAUUUCAGUAUUUAAAUGGUCAGAUAUAAAUGAUGGUGACUUUCACUCAAAAGCUAAAUUAUGAAAUUCAAUCCAUUAAACAUUGUUUGGUAGGAGAAGUUAAUGAAAUUAAUAUGCAAGAAAUUAGAAAAGAAACAAACAUAUUGUAAGUACUAACUUUUUUAUCAAUUAUGAUGAAAAGUUGAGAAUUAUUUUAUGCACAUGGCUGCACUGUUGUAAAAUGCUGUGUAAAGUGAAAUGUCAUGGUAUGACGUGCAGAUAUAUUUUUUUUCCUUUGCAUAUAUGCAGUUAGUAUAAGUUGUACAUAUAAAACUAGACUCUGCUUGCUCACAGCCCAGUCAUACCCUACAUGAAUGCACACUACUGCCAUCUAUUGGACCAGAUCAGAAAGCACAUUGAUACCGGUUGCUUUGGUACAGCACAAAACACAGACAAAAGAAAAAUUCUUAGAAUAUGUAAGUUUUCUCUCAUCAUUGUACAUCAAUGGUGUUGACAAUUUAUGUUUCACCUGUCACUUCUCACUUGCAUUGCAAACAUUUAACAUCAAAGUAAAGGGUCCCUUGGCCCUGUGUUGAAACGCUAAUAUGUCCGCCUCCUAAGUAGUGACCUGGUUUGAAAUAAUCCUUGGCUGUCAUCGAAUGAUAAGAUUAGACUUAUUAAUUAGCCCAUUUACGCUUUUUUAUUCCUUUAUAUAGGGAGCAUAAAUUUAUACACACAGGCUAUUUUUGUUCAUAAAAUUUUUAUUUCAUCAUACAAUUGGAACAAAAUAAUUUUAAAAGAAACAAACUAAAGGAUUGUAAAUGAUUUUGAUAUUUUUUGCAUGGUUAAGAUUCAUGUUACAUGCCAAAGCAAGAGUCAUCAUCUCAGGCACAUUUGUGUUAGACGCUUGUUGACAUCACAGCACAGAAUCUUGAAUAAUGAAUAUUACUGAUGAAAAUAUCGAUCAACUUUUAUCCGAUGGGAAUCUGAAUCAAGUGAUUCUGAUUUAGAUUUUGAUGAGAAUCUUCCUUUGCAACCCACUAAAGUUGUUUACAAUGGAAGGUUAGUAAUCAAAUGUUUCAUCAUUCUAUUUUUUUAAACUAUUUAUUAUUAAAAUAUUUUUUUUGUAGGUUUAAUUUGUGUUUUUAAGCAUGUUUAAAUGUUUACUAGCUGCCAUGUUUAAAUGAAAUAAAAUUCUUGUAUCUAUAUAUAUAAUUCGCCAGCAAUGGUCAAACACCACCAUGGAGGCUAUAUAUAGAUAUGCUAGAGUGUGGUUAAAUAAUGAGUUAACUAGCCCGCAAAAUAUAAUUCCCGAUAACUACACUAAAUGAUUAAUAUAUAUUUUUAAUAACGUAAUUGCGUUUGGUGCGUAAUAUUUUCUCCUCGGAAAUGAAAUCUUCUCAAUUUAAGUAUUAUGUAAAAAAUAUUCGGUUUAAAAGUGGUUGGUACAUAAGAAUAUUAAUAUAGUUCAUAGGCGUGAAAUAAAAAGUGUGCAGUGACGUAUCAUGAAAAGUAGGGGGGGGGGGUGUUGUAGAAAAAUUGGCAUUCUUAAAUGUGUGUAACUUGAAUUCACGUUUUUGUCAAGUAACUUUAGUAGAUGAGAAGUUCACACAUUGCUGUCGCCAAUGUUUGGCGGGCUCCAUCUGGUAUUAUGUAAAUAUUUUAUUACAAAGAUAAUUUGUGAAGUCCUUAUACUUAGCAACUGUUGCUAAGGAAUGUAAACAAUGCAGUUGGCACUGCUUAUUAUGAUAUAUUUCAUCCUAAAGAAGACAAAAUUUGACAUCUGUGUGUGUGGUAAAAUUUAAUUCACUGACACUAAAUUUUAUAGUCAUAUUGGUUUUCACCCAGUAUUGGAAGUACUAAAGACUUGGAAUUUAAGUGCAGUAUAUAUUUUUUAUUCAUUUCAUCCCCAAAAGUAGUAAAUAGGUCUAUUAUAUUAGUUGUUCUUUUACAUUCACAGGUUAAAGUCAUUUGAUGUACAAGUUCCCAGUACAAAGUUUCUCCCAGCAAAAAACCAGGCUUACUUACAACUGAGGGAAGAAAUGUCAACAUGAACAGAAUGAGCAAGUUUCUUCAUCCUAAAGACUAAAGGUUUUUCAAGACAUUUUUCACACUGGAUUUUGUUGAAACAUUUGUAAAACACACCAGCUGUUCAACUACCAUGGGACCUUCUAAGCCUUUUAUCAACUGAGGUUGUUUGAUAUUUUAACAGAUGAAUUUUACACAUUUCUAGGACCACAGAUGUGUAUGGCAACUGUACAGGUCCCCAGUGUACAAAAAUACUGGUCAACUUCAACAAUCUACCAUAGAUUUUGGGCUAAUUUUGGCAGUAUUCCCAAAAACAGAUUUUUUCAAAUAAUGUCAGUCUUCAACAUUUCUAAUAGUGAAACAGACCAUAAGGACAAACUGUGCAAAUUGAAUUUGUUGUCUUUAGCAGAAGAAAAUGAAAAAAAACAGCACGGCAAUGAAAUAUGCGGUGGAUAACUGAUAAUGUUCGGUGAAGAGAAAAUAAAACAGUCUCACUUAUUUCAAAUAAUAUGACAGCAAAUGGAUUUUCUUUUGUGAGCAGAACCAAAACAGAUGGUGUCUAUCUAGGCUUUUAUUUGUGAGAAAAUCAACUACUGUCAAAUCAGAUUUUGAAAUCAUACAAUUCAUUUAUGUGUGGUGUUGACCUGUUGAUAAAUGGAUAUAUCACCCAAAGUAAAGAGAACAGCACUGGACAAACCUUUUAUUUUUUCAUUUCUUUUAUUUUGCCAGCUGUAAUCUCUUCAGGAUUGUUUAAAAUAAAAUGAUGAUAUAGAUGAACUAAAGCUACCUGACAUUUGACUAUCAAUGGACUUCACCGAGGAAAUUAUUUGAACAUUAGGUGAUUUACUAAAGCUGAUAAUGUUCCAAGUGCCUCAAAUGUAAAAAACACAAAUACAACAGAUGCAUCCAAUAGCUCCUGAAUGCACAGAUUUAAAAAGAAAUUGUAUAGUGUGCUAUAAAUUAGGAAUGCAAAAAGAAAAUCCACUAUCUAAAGUAGCACAUGUGCCACUUAGGUUUGUAUUAGAAGAAAACAUGAAACUAUCUGAGUAUCAUGAAGUUAAUAUCGUCUAAUAAUAUGUUUUGUAAUGUGUAACAGUGUAAAGGAACUAAUUUUAAAAAGGUAAAAUAAUAAUAACCUAUAAUUCUUUGAAUACUUUGUGAAGGCGUGGGGAAUUUUAAUUUAAAGAAAAAUUAUUUCCUUUUUUGACACAUUUUAUAUUUUGGUCAAAUGCUCGUGUUUUCUUUCUGAAUAAACAGAUUUUAUUCAAUCAUUUCUGGUCGUUUUUUUUCCCUCCUUCUUUGCAUUGAUCACAGAAUCGUUUUAUUACACAUUUUCAUAAAAUAAUUAUGCAUUAUUUUUUGGUCAACUUCUAAGUGUUGACAUUUUAUGUUUUGAAACAAACAUUUUAAGAAACCUCAUGAAUUCCCCCAGAAAUGUAUAUAUAAUAUAAUGAACUUUAUUCAUGGAUUCUAUAAGUUAUUGACUCUUUUUUAAGGUCACUAGAAAAACAUGAAAAAUUCCAGGAAUGUGAAGAGUUAAGGCAGGUAUUCUUGGCAGAGGAAAAAUCCUCAUUUAAAAAAUCUUAUCUAUCAUAGUUGGAAGGAGUGGCUAAUGAAGACACCCUGACAGAGACACAGAAAGACAAGUGGAACAUGAAUCAGCCAUAUACACAUAUAACAUUUCCAAAUAAAGCAUCACAACUUGUUCACUGUUUUAGAUACAUAAGCCGAAGAGUGUAACGGAGAAAUUAAUGUUUACUGCAGGUAUCAGUUCUAUUGGCUCUCCGCUGUGGGGAGAGAUGGGAGGUGUGAGAGCCAAUGGGGAGGGAUCAGAUCCUUCACUCCCCUUAUUCUUUAUUGGGCUCCGAGGCAUCUUGAGGUCAGCAUUUGCUGUGGCCAUGAUCACUGUCCCUGCACACCUUUUCCACGUAAGUCUUUUAAAAUGUUUUUUACCUAACUCAUUUUCAUCAGCUUGUUUGGAUAUAAUGUCUAGUCUAUAGAUAGUGCUGUCCAAACAUUUCGACAAUGGGCCAUAGAUAGUGCUGUCCAAACCUUUCGACUGUGGGCCAUAGAUAGUGCUGUCCAAACCUUUCGACCGUGGGCCAUAGAUAGUGCUAUCCAAAAAUGUGUUUUUCCAUGAAGCUGAGGGUUGCACAUGAUAUCUCAAAACAAAUAAAAUAUUCCCAUUAUGAAUAGUUCUUACCUAAUGCUUAAAGAAACAUACCCCCAAUUGCAUAAAGUGGCUCUUCAAGAAUAUAAAAAUAAAGCAAAUAAAAACUGUAGCCAUUUUUAAUGAUAUAUUUUUCUUCAUCCUCAUCCUCAUGUCCCUUAGUCCUUGGACCGUUGGGGCGCCACAGAUGACAUGUGAACUAUCCUCCUCCAUUCCUCUCUGUCUUCAGCACUACUCACUGCAUCGCCCAGUGUUAGUCCUGUCCACUCUUUGAUGUUAUCCUCCCACCUUUUUCUUUGUCUUCCUCUUCUUCUCCCUCCUCUUGUGGUGCCCUGCAAUAUUUCUUUUGGCAAGCCCUUGUUGCCUUGUUACGUGGCCUACUAUUGUAAUUUGCGUUUUUUCACAGUCACCAGGAGGUCAUCGUACUCCCCAAUUGCCUGACGAACCCUUUCUUUCACUGUAUCAUUGGAGAUAUGGUCCCUAUAGCAGAUGCCAAAAAUGCUUCUGAAGCAUCUCAUCUCCAUCGCCUUUAUUUUCCUUUCAAGAUCGGCUGUUAAUAUUUUUCUUACUUGCAAAUUUUCUUAAUUUGUGGUUGUUAUCAGUAGCACAUGCCCUAAUAGAUUUUCUAAUUGUUCACCAGUCAAAACAUUACAUUUUUUGGACUUGAUGUUAGUCAUUACAGAGAAUCAAGCUUCACUGGUGUAGGGUGCUUCCAAAAACAGGGUCACAAUUUUGUUUCAACAUUUCCAGAGUUGUGGAAUUUCAUCUGAGGAAACAUGACAUCAUCCAUAAUUUAUUUGGCCACACAUUCUUAUGUUUGUUUAUUAAAAAAAAUACUUUCAGGAAUCAUUCCUACUGUCUCUCACAAUUCCUCCCUCACUGAAUUGUAUCGACUACAAUUUCAUAAUCCGAUCUCUGAAUACCAGGUACUUGUGGCGCCCAAUGUUACAACACUACAGGAUGGACACACACACUCUCUGAUUCCCGGCUAUACCACCUGUUUAAAUGACAUGGUACCAUAAAUGGUUCACACUGCCAUCCAUUCCAUUGUGACACCUUUAGUACCCCAGCUCCCAUCUCCAUUACUCAUGGUACCAUAAAUGGUUCACACUGCCAUCCACUCCAUUGUGACACCUUUAGUACUCCAGCUCCCAUCUCCAUGACUCAUGGUACCAUAAAUGGUUCACACUGCCACCCAUUCCAUUGUGACACCUUUAGUACUCCAGCUCCCAUCUCCAUUACUCAUGGUACCAUAAAUGGUUCACACUGCCACCCAUUCCAUUGUGACACCUUUAGUACUCCAGCUCCCAUCUCCAUUACUCAUGGUACCGUAAAUGGUUCACACUGCCACCCAUUCCAUUGUGACACCUUUAGUACUCCAGCUCCCAUCUCCAUUACUCUGACCGAAGGCUUUCCUGUCAAAUUAUUAUCAUCCCACAAAGGGCAGUAGUUGCAGUAGUUGCAGUAGUUAACACACGGUGCUCUAUUUCAUCCAAAUUGGUCCCGUUGGUGGUUGCAUGUCCCGUUGGUGGGUGCAUGUCCCGUUGGUGGGUGCAUGUCCCGUUGGUGGGUGCAUGUCCCGUUGGUGGGUGCAUGUCCCGUUGGUGGGUGCAUGUCCCGUUGGUGGGUGCAUGUCCCGUUGGUGGGUGCUUGGAUAUUUUUACAAUGACCAAAUAGCAACACAUCAAGCUACUUUUUGUUUUCCUCUUCGUUGUACUCAAGGCCAUUAGUAAUUAUACCCGAUGCCCCGCCAUUAGUAAUUAUACCCGAUGCCCCGCCAUUAGUAAUUAUACCCGAUGCCCCGCCAUUAGUAAUUAUACCCGAUGCCCCGCCAUUAGUAAUUAUACCCGAUGCCCCGCAACGCCUCCUACAGUCAACAGAAAGUAGAUGAUAGUAACUGAUUUUAUGUCACACAUGUUCCCAAACGGUUGCUCUGCUGAUUUGCUUAACAUAAAUUACCGCUACCUGUCAAGCAAUCACACUCCUUAGCUUUGGCGACCUCCCCCUUUUCCCAUGUUUCCACUUCUCCUGGGCUCUCACUCAAUUUCACAACAAAAUAAUGAAUGUGCUUUGAAAACCUCUUCACCCUGAAAUGUUUUAUUGUUUUGUGAGCAUCUGAAAAUGUCUCAAGCUGUGACAGGCCAUCAGCUCACGGGCAGCGUGCAGGUUGGACAGCACUGCUAGAGAUCAACUUUGUCAGCUUAUUGGGGUCUUAUUUAGUCAGGUUAUUUGAAUAUAAUUAGUCUUUAGGUCAAUUUAGUCAGGUUAUUUGGAUAUAAUAGUCUUAGGGUCAAUUUAUUCAGGUUAUUUGAAUAUAAUUAGUCUUUAGGUCAACUUAGUCAGCUUAUUUAGAUACAAUGUUUGGUUAAGUCUAGAUGUAAUCUGAGUGCAUAUGGCAAUGUGUUAAUUUUUAAAACUCUAUUUUUCUUUAAUAAAAUGGUAGCCAACUUACUCUAAAUAAUGUUGUUUUUUUUAAAAUGGACUAUUGAAGCUGUCCUCAUGAGAGGCGAUUCUGAUAUCUCUCCAUGUUAGCAACUGUAGCUUUGGCACUUUUGCAUUCAUUGAUAUCAAAAGAAAGCAAAAACAUGAAUACAAUUUGAAAGCAAAGUUCAUGAGAAAGAAAAGACAAAUUCAAGUGAAAAAAGAUAAUUCAUGUAAGGCCUAUUCCAGUUAGCUAAGAUUUAUUUAUUAGUUAAAUAUAAUUCAUAGUUUUCUCUCUAGGACAGGAGUACAGUUAAGAAGAUGGAAAGAUUAUGUGAUACAGUUGUCAAAUUAGACAGCUUUGCAGGUUCAGAGAAAGAAAAAAAUCCUGUUUUUAAAGAAUACCAUGGUAAAUUGCAAUUCAUGUUUGUGCUUAGUUCAACUGUGAAAAUCUGUGUGUUAACUAUGUAAACACAAGUCAUUUUUAUCUUUGUGUAUUUACUAUGUUUACCAAAGCUGGAUCAUUUUAUUUCAAAAUCUCAAGUUCAGUACCAAUACUAUUUUCUCUUCAGGACUAAUUCACCUUGUUCAACUUCCACGGCUCAACUCACUUAUACCUGCUCAGCACGAAACUUCAGAUCUGGCAUUUAAACUGAGACGGAAAAAAUUGACCAUAGAGGUAGAAAUCAGGUUUUAUCAACUGUUUUUUUAAUUUCAAUAAAAAAACAACUCUACGGCUGUCUGUGACACUGGAACAUAGUUUGAGUUUUACAUCCUUUUGUUUCAGAAACUGCAUCUUCCACCAGAGCUGAGAGACCCAACAGGUGGUUCACAAGAGGGGAAUACCUUGUUAUCAUCCCAUGGGAAUAAUUCAGGAUGUGGGACAUCACAGUCAUCAAAGCUAUCAUUCUGACAAUUUUUUUUGUUUCCUUCUGUUCAUGCUAUUUUUAAACUUGCAUCAUCAAUCUAGCACAUGCUCAUUCAAAAUAUCUAAGAAAUUAAAAUUUAAACAGAUUUUAAAAAUGAAACAAGUCAAUAUUAAAAACUUGAAUUAAA